AGAGCCGAGCAUGGCGCGGCUGGUGAGGCUGACCCCGCAGGCUGACCGCGUUAAAGAGGCUUAUUUCACCAGAAACAGGAUUGCUGAGGAAAACAGACAGCGGGAGAAUUCGGCUGCAGUGAGGAUCCAAAGCUGGAUCAGAGGCUGCCGAGCUCGAGCUUACCUGAGCCAUAUCCACAGGAAGGCGACGAUAAUACAGAAGACAUGGCGAGGUUUCAAAGCGCGGGAGCACUUCAGGCAGAGGGUAAAGGCAGCAUAUUUUCUCAUGAAGAUGAAUUUCUACAAUAAGAUGGCUGUCAAGAUACAGCAGAGAUGGAGAGGCUACUACGUAAGGAAGUAUGUUCACAAUUACUAUGCACGGAAAAGGUACCUGGAAGCCCUGACCCAGAAGAAUGAGCAAAUGAGGAGAGAGUUAGAGGAGCUGGCGGAGCACCAGAGGCAGGAGAGACAGCGUGUCGCCAUGGAGAGAGAAGAACAGGAGAAAUACGUCCGAGCUCAACGACUCCACUUCCUCCUCAGCACCAAACAGUGCCCAGGUGUGUUCAACUCGCCGUUCCGCCCAGAGCCUGAUGAGAUGGAGCUGAGGUUAAGAAGAGUUAAACCCGUUCGGACCAUGUCUGCUCCCAAAGAAUCCUGGCCUGUGAACCCACAGCCCUCUAGCUACCUGCACGACAAAGAGCGACUACCUCCCAUACACAAGACACCACAGGGGCCCUUCCGGCCAGCUGUGGAGGUGCAGCAGCAGCGCUACCGGCCUCUGGAGCCCAGCCUGCGCGUGGCCACAUCCAUCACAGCCCUGGAGGAGGCCAGAGAGGAGCUCCGGCGGCAGGAGUGGAGGACUCGCCUCAUCGACCACCCGUUUCUGCCUUUCUCCAAGACCCCAGACAAAAAGUAUGAGCCUCUGCUCCACGCUGCCUCUCCAUAUCAGCAGACGGAGUACGGGACAAAGCACUUCCGAGAGGAGGACAGGAGCCAGCUUGAGAAGAAAAAGCCGUUCAGGAGGGUCUUCACCACCUGCCACGUGUUUGACAAGUUUGGGCGGCUGUACUCCAGCGCUGGGAAAUCUGUGUAGCAGACUUCUGCGUCUGUAUCUCAUUAAAGGUAUCAAAGCUUUUUUGUCUGGCAUUUGUUUUGUGUUAUUAUAUUUACGUUAAUUACAUUUGACAGAAGUGAUCAGCCCAGUUUUACUGACCCUCAAACGAUUUGCUCCAAGAGGAAGUUGUUUGUUUUUUUGCUUUUCUGUCUUUAUUUGUUUAUUUUCUUUUUUUUCAAGUUUUUUUCUUGAUUUUUUAAAAAAUUUUCAUCCAAUCUAAGAUAUUACGCUGUUUAUUCAAGCACUGUCUCAGUGUCAGACAGAAAACCUCAACAACUAAAUAUAAUAUCACGUGUUCGGUAUUCAGCGCCGCCGCCCUCUGCCUUUAUUACAGCUUCCCUUCUUUUCAGUUUUUCAAAGGAAUCUUCAGGGAUUUCUUCCCAAAGUGCAGUCUUAGAAGUUGUUCACAUUUUCUUGUUCUCAUGAUCUGAGUCAUUCCAAAGUAAUUCCGUGAUGCUGAGGUCUGGACGCUGAGGUGGUCAGUCCAUUGUUCUGAGAUCACCAGCAGCUUCUUUUACUUUUCUUAGUAACAGCUUCAUGAUAGCCUCACAUCCUUUCAGACCCACUGAGUCCUCAGAUCUAAACUAGAGUGGAGAUUAUUUUAAGCUGUUUUUUUUAACGCCUGUUUUUUCCACUUGUUUUCCUGAUCUGCUCAGAAACACCUCCUUAAAGGCUGUUUGGACAUGUAAAAAUUGAAGGGUGGUCUUUGCACAGUGCUGUAAUGGGAUCACUCAGUUUCAUUCCAUAUGCAAAUUGAUCUGUUAAUGUAUGCAAAAGAAAAUGUCCAUGAUCAAUAAAAUCAUGUCAGUAUUUCA